AUGGUGUGUGAUGCUUGUCAGAAAAAAGUGGGUACUGUUGCCACGCAAGAAAUAUGGAAAAAUGGGUCUCGAAAUACAGUUGAAAGUGGCGGUAGAAAGUUAAAUGAAAACAAAUUGCUAUCAGGGAAAUCGACUCGAUAUAGUCCAUAUACAACUAAAUUCAGUAAAUGUAAAGUUUGUAAAGGUUCAAUUCAUCAACCCGGAAGUACUUAUUGCCAAGGUUGUGCCUAUAAGCUGGGUAUCUGCGGAAUGUGUGGUAUAAAGAUUUUACAAACAAAAAAUUAUCGUCAAUCAUCUGUUUAA